GAGUUUAUUCAUAGAUGUGAUCACAAGAAAACAAAGUGUGAAUAUAUGGAUUUUAUAGGGGUAUACAAGUAAAAGAAAGAAACAAGGAAUAGGACCACUAAAACAUCCAACUCUAAAAUCUCAAAAUGGUCUGAUAUGAAAACAAGCCAUCAGUGUCUGGUGACCAAUGAAAAUUGAAAGUUAGUGAGAAUUCUCAAGCAGAGCCUUUCAUUUAAAGAAAUACAAUACACUUGCAAACUGUUCAUAAAAAAAAUAUAUAAAGAGAUACCUUCAAAAAUGUUGCACAAAACUGCAAGAGAAGUAGGACCAGUGAUACAAGUGGAUGAACAAAAUUCCUUCUUUUUACCCGUAUCUCAUGAAUGUUUGAUGAUAACACCACCAUUGAGAGUGCUGCAGUGAAGACCUUCAAUCCAAAUGAGAAAAAGUCAUUAGCACUACAAGGGUUGGAAUUGAGUCAGAUUCAGAUAUACAUGAAUGUUAAGCAAUUGGCUGUGGCAUAAAGUGAUGUUCACCUGUUGCUUGUGAAUCAUGCCAAACUAAAUGCGUUUUAGAGUGAAACUCUAAUUCUCAAACAUUUACUUAAAUAUAAAGCGAAAAAGUCACAGAUACUUCAAAGGAUGAUGCAACAGAAAAAUUUACAAUCAAGUUAGCAGUGGGUUGUGGAAUAAAAUGAUGUUCUCCUGCGGUUUGUGGCACUACUGCUGCUAUCACAAAUCAUGUCAAGAUAAUGUGCUCAAUAUAGUUAGAACUGUAAAAGUUCAAAAUAACAAAGACUGGAUGAAUUCAAAUUCUACGUCGUCUUGAAGAUUUUCUACUGUAUAUGCAAACAAGAGAAAGCUGCGGAUACUUCAAAGGAUGAUGCAAACCACCAAUAAAAGGCAUGUGACAGAUGGCAAUUUGAAAGGAUAGUAAUAUGGAAUAUGUUCAUGAAAUGUAUGUAGAACUUACUAAACACAAUAAUCCAUCACAUAUUAAGAAAAAAAAAUGCAAAUUAAUUCCUUCCUUCACGGUCGAAUCUUUAACUAGAAUUCACAGUAUCUGCCAGAGAGGUAGUCAUCAAAUCAUAAUGUAAAUUUCAAAGAUCCACAUUAUUGUAUACUAUCUAUGUAGCAAAAAUAGAAAAGGAUAACUAAUAAACAAUUCAGAAAAAGUAAAAGCACUAUAAUCAAAUUAACCAAAGGCACUCAUUCAGAAUCCUACAAUAAAAUUAGCAAAAGUUAAUGACCGGAUAAGUUCACCAUUUUCUAUUGCACUACAGAUAAAACAGCAAUUAUCUUAUAAUCUAUUUAAAACAUCCACUUUUUGACAUCACAAGCAGAGAAAGAAAUCAAUAGAUCAUGAUUGUGCAGCAUGAAAUGGACAGGAAAUUUGGAAAAGAAAAACACCCUCCUAAAGUUUUUGUGUCCCAAUGAAUGCCGUCAGUGUUUAAUAGAAGAGGCUAAAAUUUCUUUACUGCAAUCAUUCAACUAUGCUUAUAUAGAAACUUCUGGGUCAUGGUUUAAAGAAAUGGAGUUCCCAUUUGGCGCACUAGGCUCAGCCUCCACUGAGCAGGUCUUCUUCUAGCUGCUUUUGUUUUCCAACUUAAAACAGAGACAUCCAAAUGCAUCUGAGGCAGCAGCAAUCCACCUUAGAUUCCAAGGAAGAGUUUCUCAGUACCAAAGACUGUAUUGAUGUUUCUUUCUUUAUUUGGAAGUCAAUUUCUCUGACUCAGUCCAUGCUUUUUAGUGCCAAUAUGAUUUUGGAGCCUCGUGUACAUCCAUUGCAUCAUACCUCACAAAGCAGUUGCAAAACACAAUGACAAAAAAUUUGUCAUAAUGGAUCCUUGUGCUCUUGUGUUGGCUAUGCUUCUUCUCCUCUUCCUCCCUUCUCUUUCUCUUCCAAUCCAAGAGAGCAAUGAGAUUAACCUAGAGCGAUCGGCACUUUUGGCAUUCAAGAAAGGAAUAGUUAGCGAUCCGAAAGAUGCUCUCGGCAACUGGACUGAGUCAACUGAUGUCUGCACAUGGAAUGGCAUUAUCUGUGACAACAAUAGUAGAGUAAGCAGAGCUUAGUCUCACACGUCAAGAUCUAAAAGGAACUAUCUCGCCAUUUCUCUCAAAUCUUUCUCAAAUUCUAAGCAUUGACUUGUCUGAAAACUCACUUCACGGGCCAAUUCCUGAGGAGUUUGGAGCUCUGUCUAUGUUACAGAUUUUCAAUAUUAGACUAAAUGAGGUCCAACAACAAGUUCCACGUAGUUUGGGCAUGCUAAAAGAUCUAUUCUAUAUUGACCUCAGCAACAAUGAGCUUCAUGGAACCCUUCCGACAAGUCUCCUGUACAAUUGCACUAAUCUAAUUUCUGUAGACCUCUCUAACAAUUCAUUUACAGGUUUGAUCCCUCCAGAGAUAGGAAACCACCUCCCUUAUUUGGGGACCCUAAAUCUUUAUUUCAACCAAUUGUCAGGUACUAUUCCUGCUUCCCUUUGCAAUUCAACCAAUUUGAUAACAAUAGAUCUUGGCAACAACUUUCUAACUGGUACAUUACCAUCAGAAACCAUCAUGUGUUUAACUUCUUUGUUGCAUUUGCAUUUGGCAUUCAAUUAUUUCACUAGUGAUGACAAUAAUAAAAAUCUACACCCAUUCUUCAGUGCCCUGUCAAAUUUGACGCAUUUGGAGAGCCUUGAGUUAGAAAAGAACAACAUCGGAGGCACUCUGCCUGAAACUAUUGGCCUUCUCAGUCAAAAUCUUAGUAAUAUGAAUCUAAGAGCCAACCUUAUUCAUGGAAUGAUUCCACUAAGUAUAUCAAAUCUUUCCAAUCUAUCAUCACUGAACCUGUCAAAUAAUUACCUGAAUGGAACCAUUCCCUUGAACCUAUUUCUGCUACCCAGGUUACAAAGACUCUGGCUUUCUGACAACAAGCUAGAAGGAGAAAUUCCUUCUCCUCCUCAUGAACUAAAUCGUCUGGGACUUAUAGAUCUAUCUGGAAACAACCUCUCAGGUUCCAUUCCAGCCAAUCUAGCCAGUAUAAAGUAUCUCAGAAAUCUAAUUCUUAGCAAAAAUUCGCUGUCUGGGUCCAUACCUUCAAGCCUUGGAAGAUUAAACCUAGAACUUUUGGACUUGUCUCACAACAAUCUUACAGGACUUCUUCCUGCAGAAGUGGCAGCCAUGAACACAAUUUCUGCUUACUUCAAUCUGUCUGACAACGCUUUGGAGGGACCAAUUCCGAUGGAGCUGAGCCAUAUGGAUAAGGUCCAAGAAAUCGAUCUCUCAUCGAAUAAAUUCACAGGAAAAAUUCCAUCUACUUUAGAAACCUGUGUAGAAGUUCAGCUUGUAAACCUAUCCCACAAUCAUCUUCAAGGUACAAUUCCUCCAACCUUGGGCAAACUCAGAAGCAUCAAAAUAUUGGACCUCUCUUCCAAUUCAUUCUCCGGUGAAGUGCCAUCAUCACUUGCAUUUAGCACUAGUCUCCAGCAACUCAACCUCUCAUGUAACAACCUCAGUGGCCCACUACCCCAAGGCGGUGUUUUUGCUAAUUUGACAGGCGAAUCCCUCAUGGGCAAUCAUUUCUGUGGAUCAUCAUUGGGGCUUCCUAGUUGCAACUCCAACAAAGGCAGGAAGCAUUCUAAGAUAUUUCUGCUGUUACUUGUAUGUAUUGUCUCUGUGUUGGCAUUCCUCACCACAUUACUGUCUGUAGUGUGUUACAGAAGAAUUAGGAGAAUUGUAGUAUCUCACAGGGGUGAAACUGAUCUGAACACACCAGCUCAAGACUUGUCAUCAUCUUAUCCAAGGAUAACCUACAGAGAGCUUGUUGAGGCUACCGGAGGAUUCGAUCUGAGCAGCCUGAUAGGCAGUGGUAGCUAUGGGCAUGUUUACAGAGGGGUGCUGAGCGAUGGAACUGUAGUUGCAAUAAAAGUUCUGCAAUUCCAAGCCAGUAACUCUACCAGGAGUUUCAACAGAGAAUGCCAAGUUCUGAAGAGGAUUCGGCAUAGGAACCUGAUGAGAAUCAUUACUGCAUGCAGUCUGCCAGAUUUCAAGGCUUUGGUGCUGCCUUUCAUGAUUAACGGGAGCCUUGAGAGCCAUCUCUACCCACAAGCACCAGGGACUGGUACCUCACAGCUGAGCUUAGUUGAGCGGGUGAAUAUUUGCUGUGAUAUUGCCGAGGGAAUGGCAUACCUGCACCACCACUCCCCUGUGCAGGUCAUCCAUUGUGACUUGAAGCCAAGCAACAUCCUGCUCAAUGAUGACAUGACCGCCAUUGUAUCAGAUUUUGGAAUCGCUAGGCUGGUCAUGAGGGUUACUGAGAGAAAUCUGAUUGCUGAAAAUGCGGCGAACUCAACAGCAAAUUUGCUUUUUGGUUCAGUUGGAUACAUUCCACCAGAGUAUGGGUAUGGAAGAAAUGCAUCAACAAAAGGAGAUGUCUACAGCUUUGGCAUUAUAGUGUUGGAACUGGUUACCAGAAAGAGGCCUACAGAUGACAUGUUUGGUGAGGGCCAAAGCUUGCAAAAAUGGGUGAAGAACCACUACCGAGGCCAACUUGAGAAUAUAAUCGACUCUUUCCUAUUACAAGAAGUAGAAGCUCAAAACCCAGAGAUUAGGAAUGUUUGGAAAGUCGCCAUUAUUGAACUUCUUGAUGUAGGUCUUAUAUGCACUCAAGAAGCACCUUCAACCAGACCAUCAAUGAUUGAUGCUGCAGAUGAUCUGGAAAGACUAAAACGCUAUCUUGGUGGUGAUACAACUGCCACAGUAAGUUCAUCAUAUGGGAUGUCAUCAUCUACAAUCACUGGGGGUGAUUUCUGGUAAAAAUGUAAAGGUUUUUCUUGCAAACUGUUAUAGCAGAGUUUAAACAUCUAAUUGUCCAAAAGAAAGCAUCAAGUCUGUAAUUUUGUUAUAGGCAUCAACUUACUUUUGUAAAUCCAUCAGCAUUAGGAUUGCCACACCAAGGAGAAUGAUUUUUUCUAUGUGAAUAAAAAGGAUUUUUACCUGUA